AUGAAGUAUCAAUGGAACAGUUGUGACAUUAAAUCUUGCAACAACAAAAAAGAUUUUCUACCAUUCGCAUGUAGCAGCUGUUCUGGAGUGUUUUGCACAUCAUAUCCAUGUAGCUUUGAGGAUUGCAAAGAGAAAGAGCGGCUGCCUGUCAUCCGCCCACACUUUGAAAAACACCUCUGCCUCACAUAUCGGCAUCAAGAUGACCAUAAGUGUGAGAAACUGGAGACACCAAAGCCUCGCAUUGCUGCAACACAGGAGCUGGUGCAGAAGAUAGUGGAGUCAAAGAAGAAUGCACCACCAAGUAAACGCAGAAAAGGAGCAAAAAACGCAGCAACUGCUGCAAAAGUUGCUCUGAUGAAGCUUAAAAUGCAUGCGUCAGGAGAUAAAGACCUGCCACAGACAGAACGGACAUAUUUCCAGGUGUUUCUGCCCAAAGAGGCUAAAGACCCUAGUUUGCCCAUGUUCUUCUUCUCUAAGUGGAGUGUUGGCAAAGUAGAGGAUUUUGCUGCAUCUCAGGCCAGUCUGAAGAACAACAACAAUGUGCUCACAGCUAAGGCUAAGAUUUCAACCCCAAACAUCCCCAAAACAGCACAGGGUGAAUGGGGAAUGAUUGAAGUUGCUGUCUCUUUAGUGUGA